AUGAGUUCGUGUCAUGGUCAAUGCUACAGCGACGGACCCGAAGGUAUUCAUAUCACUUUCAUUGAAGAUGCUAAAACACCCCAGCAGCCGGAUGUGCAAGAAGCUGCCGUUGAGGCUUGUUGGCAGCUUUCCGGUCGAAAGGUACUCAAGGUACUCAGCGGUCACAUCAGCCACAAUGAUAUGAAGGUCCAGUUCUCUCUCACAUCCUUAAGCAUGAGCUGA